GGGAUACCGGGGAGCUCUUCCGGUUCAUGGUAUGCAGUCGUGUUUACGAAUAAGCAGAGCUGCAUUACAUAAUCUCUCAUCGAUGGUAUAAUCCUUCCCUUCAGCCUCGUUUAACAGCUUUACUGCGGUACUGUAUACAUGAUUAAUGGGUCCGAACAGGAUCUACAUCAGUGUGGGAUAUGCCACGUUCGGCGUGUUGGUGGGAUUUUCGGCGUUUAUCGUGUGGAAUGUGGUUUAUAAACAGCCAUGGACGGCGGCGAUGGGCGGAUUAUCAGGAGUUCUGGCACUCUGGGCACUGGUCACCCACAUUAUGUACAUUCAGGACUACUGGCGCACAUGGCUGAAGGGACUCAAGUUCUUCAUGUUUGUUAGUUCCGUCUUCUCCCUCCUGGCUGUUGCAGCUUUUGCCACAUUCAUAGCUUUAGCUGUUCUAGAAAAGGAAUCAAUAACUGACCCCAAGAGCUUCUAUCUGUCAUCUGUGUGGAGCUUCAUGACUCUUAAAUGGGCCUUCCUGCUGGGCAUGUACUCCUACCGUUACCAUCAGGAGUUUGCUGACAUCAGCAUCCUCAGUGACUUUUGAUUGGCUCCUUUACCUGU